AAAGCAAAUAUAUUCUAGCCGAAAGAAAGGGGUAGAUAAAACUCCCAACACUUGCUUUCCCAAACCCAACAGCGAUGAGUAAUCUGGACGAAGAUUCGCGUCUUCUAAAAAGUCAAGGGGGAGAGACUGCUCUCAAUGAGAAAUCUGCAACCAGUAAUCGCCCCCCUCCUCCUACGGGUGAUCGCACAAAACUGUGGUAUGCUACAUUUGCCUUUUCACUUCUUGUGAUCUACAAUCUGUUGGUCCAGGUGCUUCGAUGGAAGUAUAAAGGAAAAACUCAAACCUGUUUUGAAACUCAGAAAGUCUUGAUCAACACCUCUAUAACUGCGUUUUUAAUCGCGGGGUUAACGCUUACACUUUCGCUUCAGUAUUACAUUACCAGCCCCACCAGGAAACCCUUGUCGUCUCCGGUGCUGGCCAGGAUCAUAAAGAUCGUGUUUUCCGCCUCGGCUUUUGUUGCGCAUGCCUCACUUGUGGCCAUACUGAUCAUCGACUAAGUUGGAUUUGGUAUCUAUGAUAUGUUGUUCUAGUUGUUUGUGGUAACUAUUGUUAUGGUGUGCUAUAUUUUAUAUGUAUUCCUACUUAUGUUUAAACCAAGUGUGAACCUUGUGUUGUUUCGUGUAAUGCUAUGCUUGAUCGGUUUUGCAAAAUUACAAAUAUAUAGCCA